AAAAAGAAAACUGUACACUGCUACUACGGCGUCACGGUUGGCUCGCGCGGAGCGCCGCGGCAGAGCACACGAGAUGGCGGCGGCUCUUCUCCGAGCCGCUCGCGCCUCGCGGCACCUUGCGCUCCCCCGUUCUAUCGCCUCUAGCCCUAGCCACCUAUCCUCCUCCUCCUGCACCGCCUCUGCGGCGGAGUCGCCGUCCCCUGCCCCCGCUGCGCCGGCCAUCCCGGCGGACGUUGAGGACGCGGUCGUCGUCGUAGCCGUGGACGACGACCUGAGGAGCCACAUCUUCCGGCUGCGGCUGGCGAAGCGGAGCGCGACGGAGGCGCUCGAGAAGUGGGCCGGCGAGGGCCGCGCCGCCCCCGCGCCGGAGCUCCGCCGCAUCGCCCGCGACCUCAGCCGCGCCCGCCGCUACAAGCACGCGCUCGAGGUGGCAGAGUGGAUGAAGACACAUCAUGAGUCUGAUUUAUCUGAGAACGACUAUGGAGUGCGCAUUGACUUGAUUACAAAAGUUUUUGGCGCUAAUGCAGCCGAAGAUUUUUUUGAGAAGCUUCCACCUGCAGCCAAAUCACUGGAAGCAUAUACUGCACUCCUCCAUUCAUAUGCUCGAUCAAAGAUGAUAGACAAAGCCGAGAGGCUGUUUCAGAGAAUGAAGGAUGCAGACCUACCUAUUGAUGUCCUGGUCUACAACGAAAUGAUGACCCUGUAUAUUUCUGUCGGAGAGCUUGAUAAGGUUCCAAUUCUUGCUGAGGAAUUGAAGAGGCAAAACGUUUCUCCAGACCUAUUCACAUACAACCUUCGGAUCAGCGCAUCGGUUGCAUCCAUGGAUCUCGAGGCGUUCAAAGGAAUCCUCGACGAGAUGUCAAAAGAUCCAAACUCCAACGAAGGAUGGAUGCUGUACCGAAACCUUGCCAGCAUCUACGUCGAUGCCAGCCAGCUUGUUAGCUCGGGGAAUUCGCUGGUGGAAGCCGAGGCGAAGAUUAGCCAGAGGGAGUGGAUAACCUACGACCUCCUCGUCAUCUUGCACGCCGGUCUCGGCAACCUGGACAGGGUGAAGGACAUAUGGAAAUCGAUGCAGAUGACCGCCCAGAGGAUGACUAGUCGGAACUACGUCUGCGUGCUCUCUGCCUAUCUGAUGUGCGGGCAACUGAAGGAUGCCGCGGAGGUCGUCGACCAGUGGCAGCGAUCGAAAGUCCCGGAGUUCGACGUCUCCGCCUGCAACAGGCUGUUCGAUACUCUUCUGGCCGCCGGUUUCACCGACACGGCGGAUAGCUUUAGAGAGCUGAUGUUGCAGAAGAGCUGUAUACUGUCGAGCAGAGCAAGCGCGCGCUCCUGAUUGGCAUGUUAUGCCCUGCCGGGAACAGCUGCCUGCUGGUGUGUUAUGGUACGAGAAUAAUGGACUCUAGAACAAUUUUUUUUUUGGCAAAUAUAAUCUGACUAUAAUAUCAGGUUCGGCGCCGCAUUAUCGUAAGAAAUAUAUUUUCAGGUCCAGCUUAA